AUGGCUACUCCUUCUCCACCACCAGUACAAGGAAUGGCCAAAACUGAAACGAUUCAAGUUGAAGAACAGAACGCGUCGUCGGACUCAACACCACCGCCUACAGCACAUAUCCAUUCCGUCUCCGAUGAAAUCAGCCUCAACCAAGGAAAUGAGGCCGUCCUCCUUCGAAUCGAUGAUGAAAAAGGACAGGGUGCUGCCGGGGCUCUCAAACUCGCAAAAGACGGCCAUACCGUCCUAAUCCCACAACCGAGCGACGAUCCCUACGACCCGUUGAACUGGUCAUGGGGUAAAAAGCACAUGAUUCUAUUCAUUGUCGCGCUCUCUGCUUUUUGCGGAGACUUUGGCUCCGGUGCCGGUAUACCCUGCAUUGUUCCCCAGGGAGCGGAGUGGAAUAUGAGUCCCGCGCACGUCAAUUACGCGGGGAACUUGAAUGUUAUAAUGCUUGGCAUUGGAGGCAUCCUCUGGAUUCCUCCCAUCUACUUCUGGGGGCGCUUACCCGUCUUAUUCUGGAGCACACUCCUCGGCACCUUCUUCACGCUCGGCUGCACGGUUACGGACUCCUUCGAUACCUUUUAUGCACUCCGCGCUCUAAUGGGCCUCACGCUGACCGCUUGCCAAACGAUCGGCCUCUCCUUCAUCAAAGACAUGUUCUUCUUCCACGAGCACGCGCGCAAGAUCGGCCUAUGGGCGUCCCUAUUCCUGCUCGCCCCCUACUGUGGCCCCAUGUUCGGCAACUUCAUCAUCGCUGGAACAGGCGAAUGGAGGAACGUCUUCUGGCUGGUCUUCGCAAUCUGCUGUGCCGAUCUUGUCCUCAUCGUCCUCUUCGCAGAUGAGACAUGGUACCGUCGCGACAUCCCAGCCGACCAACAACCUGCUCGUCCCUCCGGCGGCAUCUCGCGAAUCCUGCGCCUUGUAGGCAUCUGGCAAAUACAGCACCACAAAGACUAUUACUUGUCGGUCCUCACUUCAUUCCAUCGCCUCUUCGCCGUCCUGAUCAAACCCGUCAUCCUGCCAACGCUCCUCUACUACGCCAUGUCCUUUAUGUGGGCCGUCGGGAUCAACAUCACAUCGUCCCUUCUUCUCGGCACACCGCGCGAUCUCGGCGGCUACGGCUUCUCCGCCCGCGCCGUGGGCUAUGUCUACUUCACACCCCUGGUCGCGGUGUCCCUUGGCGAACUUUUCGGACACUUCUUCAACGACUUUCUGUUCAACCGCUACUUAGUCCGUCACAGCGGGAUUUUCAAGCCUGAAGCACGCCUCCCCCCUUGCUAUAUCGCGGCGUUUCUUAUGAUUCCUGGCCUGAUUAUCGUGGGUCAAGCAUUGGAAAAUCUUCUCCACUACUCGGCCAUCGUCAUGGGCUGGGGCAUGUACGUGUUCGGUGUGAUGGUGGCGAGUGUCGCGAUCACGGCGUAUGCGCUCGAUUGCUACCCGAACGGUUCUGGUGAGGUGUCCGCGUUCCUCAACUUUGCAAGGACGGCAGGUGGGUUUUCCGUCGGUUAUUUUCAGCAGCCGUGGGGUGAAGAGAGCGGGUAUGGGGUAUCAUUCGGGUUGCAGGCCGUGAUUGUCGCGGUGGCGACGGUGGUGUUGACGGGGAUUUUCGUAUAUGGUGAGAGGUUGAGGAAGAGAGGGGGCCCGUUGAUGUUUAAGGGGUCGUCAUGA